UGUAUAACAAUUUUUAUGUUUCAAUUUUAAUCUCUUCUUAAAUUUUCAAUUUUUUUUAUUCGAUCACCUUGUAGAGAGAGAACAUACGGUGGCCUUGCUUCGUUGCGACCUUUCUUCCCCGUGAUUCGCCCAAUUUCUCGCGACUGGUCGUUCCGCGUCGCGUCUACCGGUGCUGCCGCCAGGUGGUAUCCAUCGAAAUCAGGCACAGGGCGAGAGUUUCUUGGUUGUGUGAUACGCGGAGUGAGUCGGCGUGAUCGCGGAACGGAAGGAAGAUCGUGUUUGGACGUUGGCGUGGACGCUCUUAUACACGUUGUCACAGCUUCCUUCCCGCCUCUCUCUUUCUCUAGCUUCGAUCCUUCACCCUGUUGUCGCGAAACAACAUUCUCAUCCGUUCCAUUCCCGUCCCGUGGUUCAAAAAAAAAAAAAAGAAAGAAAACGAAGGUGUGCUGGCACGUUUGGAUACGUCGUCCCUCGAAAAUAGAUUCGUCGCGAAAGUUGGGGCGAAUGGGGUUGCACGUGCGUGAGUCGUCUGCCAGUGGAGAAGGUGUGUCGAUAGGUUCAGCGUGCGUGUAUGAAUUCGAGAGGAGGCAAAAAAAGUAUCGGGUUACGGCCCGUCCGUCCUUAUCGUAUGUGCCGCGUCCGCAGGACAACUGAAGGCGAUUCGAUCUGGAGCUCAUCGUUGGAAGAAGGGGAUCAAAUUUCAAAACAUUUCACCGAGGAGAACGAGGAACGGACCAAAGGGAAGGGAAUUAUUCGAGUGUCGAUUGGCGAGCGCAUUGUAACAUUUCGAGGUGGGGCGAGGGAAAGAGGAGGGAAGAAGAGAUCGAAUUACAAAACAUUCGACCGAGGAGACCGGGAGAGGGACCAAGGACGAGACAAUUGUCGAGGUGUCGAAUCGUAAUUUCGAAAGGAGGCAGCGAGAAGAGCGGAGAAGGGAAACGAGGCAAAGAGUGGCCAUAAGCGCGAGAGGAGCUCGCGAGAGGAGCAGCCACGGAGGCAGAGCGAGAGAGGUGGAGUGAACGGGCGAUAAUCGAGGAUUUGAAUGGGUGGGCCGGGAGCCGGUAGGGUUAACAGGCACGAGCUGAACGCGGUGCCAAAGAGCGACGUCGGUCACGGGGAUAGGACCCUCGUAAUCGGCGAGCCAACAGCACCAGCACCGGCCUGUCGGUGUCACCCGGCUUCUGUGAUCUCAGCAUCUGGCCACCUGGUCCCCGCCCAACUGCCGCCUUCGCCGCCGCCACUCGCCUCGUUGCACAUCGACAACGUGAACAAUUGCAGCUCGAUCGGCAACAACAACAACAACAACAACAACAACACUACUGCCAAACCGGACGCGAUCUCGAACGAUACCAAAGCUGCUGCUACUAUGUCCUCGCCGCCCAAGCAUCGAAGGGGCUUCGACCCCAACGACGUAAACGCCACCGAUUAUCGCCGUUAUCGUCGAGUUAAGACGAGACGAGGCUUUGUAUGUUCCACACCGUGACCUUGGGCGCCGGACACAGACCUCCCCGACAUCUCUCCCGACAUAUAUCUGUCAGCACGAGGCAUUUAAUAAAACACACACAAGCUUGCGAUGUUCGAUGUUGGACCGCUUGUACUGGUUGUGUCUCCCUGAAAUAAUAAAAUUACGAAUGAAAUGCGAUGAAAAAAAAAAAAUAAGCGAACCAAAAAAAAAAAAACGUAACACCUAUAUAAGACGAAAGCCUCUGCGUGGCUAGGCUGCUGCAUGUGUCGUCCUAAGUCGGCGUUUCCUGAUUGCUCGAUCGGAUCAACGAGUGUGUGGCGUUCUCGACGACGAGAGUUGUCACAAACAAGCAAAAAAAAAUAUAUAUAUAUAAAAAUAUGUGAAUAAAUAAAAAACGUAGGCGGGCAUAUUGGCUCCCCAUCGUUCUCCCCGCCGCUUUCGAUUCGAAGCUUGUGGAAUGCGAUGCAAUGAAAUGGAAUGAAAUGGAAUGAAGAGUCUUUUGCACCUUGGACAAUAAAAAGCUUUCACGCACCACUCAAUUAUCUGUGUGGACCGGAGAAGAGACGGACCCGGCUUACGUCCUCUUCUUCUCCCUUCUCGCGGCGAAUAUCUGGAAUGCUUUGUUCGAUGUGUCGACCCGAAAGAAAUUGACUUCCGCUCGAGAAAUGUGCGAGGAAAUGCAGGAAAUCGAAAUCGAAACGGCCCCGGAACCCUGCCGCCGCCGCCUCCCUUUCCCAUCGUUCCAACUCUCUCCCCCCUUUUUUUACCGAUGAAGGAACAUUGGUGACUGAUACAAACUGAUUUCAAUGAAACUUUUCAUAAUUUUGUUCUUGGGUCAAUUUAUAAAUAUCUUGUUGAGUUUCUGAUUUUUUUCUUUUU